UCAUGGGAUGGUUAUAUUACUGGGCGGUAGAUGAAGUUGCGCACCCUCUUCACAAACACGUAGUUUGCAGAUCAGAUUCUGACGAAAAGAGCGCAGGAGAACAAGAGCAGUAGGGAUUUUUGAAAUAAGAUAGUGUGUUAAUGCAUGGGGAAAGUGAGGUCGAGAGAGAGAGAGAGAAAUUAAGCUAUUUCCUUCUGCCCUUGAGCGCGUAGGACAAAACUGAUAUCGUAAAAAGUAGGGGAACAUGAACAGACGCAAUGCCAUUCCUGAAAAAGUAUUGAAAUAUGAUAUAUUUAGAAGUAAUCUAUUGCGCGUACGGGAUGUAGUCGGUAUCAUCAUAACAACGCACUGCUUUCCUCAAAAGUAUCAAACAGAAGAGAAACAAACAGAAGGGGAGAGCAUCUCAUCUAAUCCUCUUACUGAAGGGAAUACAGUUAAGUACAGUGACGUUAAGCUUCUUUUUAACGACGAACCAAGGUGCAACGGCAGGCUUCAGAAUGCUGACAACACUUUUGCAAAGGGAUGCACCCAUGGCAGAAUAUGAACAUGCCUACCUUCUCGGAGCAAUUUGCCAAAAAUGGAGCAUGUAAACCCAUCAUUUGAAUGACAUUAAACUCAACAAAAUCUCAUCAAGAGGGAGCUUCUGAGUGGACCGCGGGAAUAUUCUAAAUGGUAUAGGCUACUCAUGGACAUGCGACUGCUUUUACUGUGACUUGCCUGGAGUGCCAAAGGUGUUUGAUCUGAGCAAGAUUUGCAUGUCACCAAUAUCAAACACAACAGGCUCCUUUUAAAGUGCAACUAGCUAUACUUUAAAGGAAUGCUUUCAUUGAUGUAAUUUCAACGUAGGACAACACAUAUUUCGAAACUAAAGUACAUGUAGCUUAUUUGGGAAGGCAUAGGCCUAGAUUUGUAUAGACAUCCAGCAGAGUUAAGUUGUAUCCUACAAGCGGCAGGUGUCUCAACAUGAAAACAAAACGGAUUCGAAGCUGAUCCUCUCUGUGUGUGGACCGACGGUGGCACAUCUUGCCUCCCUCCAGACACUUGGUCUUGGACGAUGGAUGUGGUCUCUACGAGUGCCAUGCUCUCACAUGUGGUCUUUCUUCUGCACUUUGUGACUUUGACACUUGGACAGUAUGACAUAUGCAAGAGUCUGGUUAGUAUGGAUAAUGGACAAACAUGGGAGUUUUACGCAUGCCAACCCAAACCCACGGCUAUGAAGGAGUUCAUGCAAAUUACGGUGGAUCCCCUUGGCAUCACUUGCGGCAAUCCCCCGGAGAGGUUCUGUACUCUGGAGAACCCGUACCUGUGUAGUGACGAAUGUGACGCCUCCAACCCGGACCUGGCUCACCCUCCCCAGCUGAUGCAGGACCGUGAGAGCAGUGGCCUCAUCACCUACUGGCAGACGGUGACAUGGAGCCGCUACCCGGAGCCCCUGCUGGCCAACAUCUCCCUGGCCUGGAACAAGAGCUUGGAGCUGACCGAUGACAUCCAGGUCACUUUCGAGUAUGGCCGCCCCACCAUCAUGGUGCUGGACAAGUCCCUGGACAAAGGGCGCACCUGGCAGCCCUACCAGUUCUACGCCGACGACUGCAUGGACGCCUUCGACAUGCCCGCCAAGCGGGUGCAGGACCUGUCGGCCACCAAUGUGACGCGGGUCAUCUGCACAGAGCAGUACUCUCGCUGGGUGGGCUCCAAGAACGAGAAGGUGCUGCGCUUCGAGGUGAUGGCGCGCUUUGCUAUCUUCGCAGGGCCCAAGCUGCUCAAUAUGGACAGCCUGUACACACGCAUGGAGAGUAUGAAGGGCCUGAGGGACUUCUUCACCUUCACCAACCUGAGACUGAGGCUGCUGAAGCCGGCCUUGGGGGGAACCUACGUCCAGAGAGACAACCUCCUCAAAUACUUCUACGCCAUCUCCAACAUAGAUGUACCAGCCAGGUGUAAGUGUAACCUCCAUGCUGGCCAGUGCACCUUUCGGGAGGGCAGCCUGCAGUGUGACUGUGAGCACAAUACGACGGGCCAGGACUGCACUCGCUGUGAGAGGGGCUUCAAAGCCAAGUCAUGGAAACCUGGAUCCUACCUACCCACCCCCAACGGAUCCCCCAAUACCUGUGAGGCUGCUGGGACUCUUGGCAACACCAGCAGCAUCACUGACACAGUAACAGCUGUGGUGGGUCCCACAUCCAGCACGCAGCUCAGGGACUCCCUCGCUGACACACCAGUGUUGCUUGUGGCAACUGACCAAACAUCCACUAUACCAGCCACUGUGCCAGUCUCUGCCAGUCCCGACCAGACAGAUAGUCCAUCCUUAAACACAGUGACCUCGCCACCCCUGGAGGUAACACCCCCCACAACCACAGUGAAUGCGCAGCCGAAAGGUAAGUACCCAGAUACACCGGAGGAAUCCCUGACCUCUGACCUUACACCCUUAAACUACAUUAGCUUUGACACCUUUUUUCUGUAAAUGUCUUUUUGAUAUUGUUUAUAGAUCCAAAAGUGUGAAUAUUGGUUAGACUAUUCUUGCAAAGCAUCCACCUUGGACCUACUGAUAGUCACAGAUUUUUCUAUGACUUAUCAUUUAGUACAUUUUACAAAUGUUUGGGACUAUAAGGAUAGCGAAACACGCCUCACUUGAAACAGAUGUGUAAGAGUGACAGGCAAGAGAUUCAGAAAUCCUCACUGUUUGUCAGAGAACUCAAAGAAGCCUGUAGACCCCCUAUUUACACCCAUUAACCUCGUUCAGUGUGGAUCAUGACUGCUGGAAGCCAUAGAGUGCCUUAAUCUCCCCGUAGGUUGCACUGGGGUAAAGAGAUUAAACAUGAUUACUGGGCUAAAGUAGUCCUUAAGGCACGAUACGGUAUGUGGGCCAUGAUGCUGCUCUGUUAACAUCUCCAUGUGCUAGGGUAUUUACACUUCAGGGGUUCCUGUCUUGUGUCAGCUACUAGCUUACACUUAGUUGUGUCCCUCAGACGCUGGGUGAGUAUUAGAACAGAGGCUUGUUUUUUUUACUCACUGUACAGAGCCCACAUUUGUAACCCCCAGAUAUAAAGAGACAGUGGGAGUGAAUAGGGGAGUUUGGAGAGUAUGGAAUGCAUACUUUGACAGGACCAAUGAUGAUAAGGUAACUCUAUCAUUCUACGCUGUUUUUUGUCUAUUUUGACAGUGACAGUUUGUAAAUACUGAAGGUGAGAAGUUGGCCAGGUGUUUUCUACUCUCUUGUUUGGAAGAUUAAAUACCCAGCAGGCUCACUAUUUCUCAGGAACUGGCAGCAUGUUGAUCUUAUCCCAGGGAUUUCUAGAACACAGAUGAAUGUAGCUACUUUGAUUCCCUUGGGAAUGUUUGAUAGGAAAGAGAAUGCAACAGAACGUUUCCAAUCACCUGCAAUAAAAACGACACCAAAGUGCUUUGUGGCAUUUUACUUUUAAAUCAAAUGGCCAUUCUGUUUGUUGCCCCCUUAGCACCUUCCUCCUGCUUAGCAAGGGUCUGAUUAUAUCCACCGGUGGGUGCAUUGUGUGCAUCCACCGGUGGGUGCAUUGUGUGCAUCCACCGGUGCAUUGUGUGCUGCCCGCCCAGCCGGUGCUAUACCUCACACCGUACAGGGAAAGUGCUGCCACUGGACACAAUCAACAGCCAGGGGCGAUAAAUCAUGAAAUACGCUAUCAUUGUGUAACAUCAUCUCUUUCUGGAGCACAAGGUUGAGCCAGCAUUACUGUGCUGGGGGUCAAAGCUCAAGCAUUUCUGAUCUAUUUCUGAAUAACAAUUGAAUGAACAGCUGCUAAAUAUUUCACAAGCCGAGAGAAGACCGGUCAUGGUAAGGGAGACCAAAACAGGCAAAAUUAUGGAGCCCGUGGAGAUAGAUACAUACAUGAAACCAUAACAGGAUGGCGGCACAGAACACUGUGCCUGAGGUUGGGCCACAGGGCAGAUGCAAUGGAAGUGAUGAUAUCAGGGCAUGGGGUAUUCCAUUUCUACUGAUACUGACUGAAAUGGGGGAACAGUUGGCAAUGUCACUGGACAAUGCCAGCGAGCCAACAUCAAUAUAUUAUAGAUAUAGUGGUUAAUAUGCCAUCUUGACAACUCGUGAUUUUUCUGUACACAAUUGCAGUUACUCAAUCAUCUGAAGCAGCUGACGUCACAUUUGAUGCAACCAUUCCAACAUCAGAUGGAUUUACUCAAACACUAGACAGCACAAUGACAACUUCUUACACAGUGACUUCUGACACCAGUCCCACAGCAUCUGACACCAGUCCCACAGCAUCUGACACCAGUCCCACAACAUCUGACACCAGUCCCACAACAUCUGACACCAGUACUACAACAUUUUACACAGUGACUCCAACAUCUGACAUAUUUACCACAACUUACUUCAGCAUCUGAUGAAUUGACUUGGACAUCUGGUGUCCUUUCUGGCAUCGGACACAGUAACUGAUAUAGUAACACCACUAAGACAUGGAUUUACCUCUGCACCUGAUGCUGAUACCUCAGUAUCUGCUACAUUUAUUCCAGCAUCUAAUGGAGAUACACUCACCUCUGACGUGGCUACUUCAGCAUCUGAUGGACUUAUCUCAACAUCUGUUGGAGCUAUUUCAAUACCAGGAGCAGUUCCUCCACCUCCCGACACUGUUACUUCAGCACCUGAACCUCUUUCCCGGGCACUGGUUGAUGCAGCUGUUCCAUCCCCUGACACAGAUACCUUAACAUCUGAUGAUCCUAUCCAGGCACCUGAUGUAGUUACUACAGGUCCAGACUCAUCUUCAGCAACCCCAUCCCCUGACACAGAUACCUUAACAUCUGAUGAUCCUAUCCAGGCACCUGAUGUAGUUACUACAGGUCCAGACUCAUCUUCAGCAACCCCAUCUCCUGACACAGAUACCUUAACAUCUGAUGAUCCUAUCCAGGCACCUGAUGUAGUUACUACAGCUCCAGACUCAUCUUCAGCAACCCCAUCUGCUGACACAAGUGAUCAAGCUCCUGACUCAUUUGAUCCAGCUCCUGAUUCAGGUGAUCCAGCUCCCGAUUCAGGUGAUCCUGCUCCUGAUACUGGGGAUAGUGAGAAAGGGGAAAAUAAAGAAGAAAAUGUUAAACAGGAAACAGGUACAUUGUGAUAUAUAUUUUUUCUUCCAUUUAUAAGUUUAUGCAUAUUCCAUCAGUAAAUGGUAACACUGCAAAUAUUGAAGGAACCACAUUUAGAAUGAAUAAAAUGAUACUCUAAUAUGCAGUUGUGUAUGCAGUCUAUAUGCUGCUAAUAUGCAGUCGUGUCAGUAAGGUGUUAUGACCUUCAUACAGGGUGUUGCCUUAAUGGCUUCCUCAAAUAGUUGGGGGGAUAAUACCUAAAGGUUCAUUCAACACUAAUAAAGAAUGAGUAAACAGUUUGAAGUUGCUAUUUAUUCUGAUCUCUCACAAUCUCUCUGGUGUACAUAGUUACCCCCAAAACUGAAGCCAAAUGGGAAGGCAAAGGGAAGGUGAAAAAGAAAGAGACAACAAAAGGUAUAUUGAUCAACAGUAGUCUAGUAGUGUUUGUACUGUAUGCUAAUUCUGCUAUCAUUAGCAUGUCAGUUUGUAGCGGUGUCGGUAACCAUCCAUUUUGAAUUCCCUGAACCCACUCACGGUGACUCAGCAAUGGGGUUGAAGUUGACGUGUUAGUCGCCUGGUUGCUAUAGGAAAACAUCCCCACUGGGGGGUCAGAGUGCAAAUAGAUAAUUGAUGGACAAAAUAAGAGUAGAAAAGCAUUGAGACAUUUUUUGGGCUGAGCCCAUGUCCCAGUAAGAUACCUGAUCCAUGGUUUCAUGAGGCUAUUGACUCACCAGGCUGCUAACAUGCAUUAGGAGUAGUGUGUGUGUGUGUGUGUGUGUGUGUGUGUGUGUGUGUGUGUGUGUGUGUGUGUGUGUGUGUGUGUGUGUGUGUGUGUGUGUGUGUGUGUGUGUGUGUGUGUGUGUGUGUGUGUGUGUGUGUGUGUGUAUGAAACCUAAUGUAUUUUUGUUGUUGACAUGUUACAGAAUGGGCCACAUAAUAUUGUGUGGGUGAUUCUGUCACCACUUAGACUCCACUCAUCAGCUGUAGAUGAACCAGUAUUGAAAACUAACUUUGGACGGUGAUUACUAUCACUUCAGGGUGGUGUUCAUUAGGCACUAAAACUGAAGAAAACAGUUACACGUUACACGUUUUUUUCCAUUGCGUUCCCUAAUAUACACAUCCCUAGUAAGGCCUCUUACUGCUGGUGAGGUGGAUUGUCUGUUUGGGAAUGAGAUGUUGUUCUGGUAGAGCAGUAAAUAGCUAUCCUUUGUUAAUUACUGACCGCUGUAAUGCACAAUGCUUUGUGUUAAUGGGUAGAUUUACAUGGUUGAUAACUAUUGAUGGAUUGUAUGCUGUCUUUGUCUGUGAAUCCUGUGAGAUGUCUGACAGUGACUCACUAUUAGCAGGUCGUAACCUCUUGUGUUUGGCAGACAUUUAGAUUUUAGUGGUCAUUAUAUUUCAGCGACUACGUAGUAGAGGCGUGUUCACAUGGGCAUGUUAGUAUUAGCUAUAACUCAGUUAAAUAUAUGCUUUAUUUCUCAAGCGGUUGUCAAACUGUUGAUUCCUGGUGGGUCCAAAAACAGCCAGUCUAAGAUUGCAUACGUCCAGUUUCAAGGUAAGAAAUAAUUUCCCGCAUUAGAUCUGUUUGGACAAGACAACUGUGGAAAAAUGGCCAAAGUUUGCCAAUUCUUUUCCUUCAUUCAUUCAUCGUUUGUUGUUUCUUUGUUGCAUUUUGGUGUUCUGUUUGUUUCAUAAGGUAAGCAACUAAUUUCCGUUUCAUUUUAGUAAUACUGUCGUUCCUUUUUAUUGUGAACUUAAUGAAAUCUCACAACCUAUAGCGUCUAUGUUUCCACUGAUUGCGUAAUGUGAUUAGUGUGGAUGUCUGUUUGAACUGUGGAUUCAUUUGUGAGACAGUGGCCAUUCUUUCAACAAAUUGUAGGGUAAUUGGCCCAUUCAUAUUUGAUAAGGUGUUCUUGCCCCCCCCCCGUCCCCGUCCCACUGCUCUACUCUGUGGCACAGCAGGUCUUCAUAUUGCACCAGCAGCAUCUUCAAAAUAAUGUGUCAAUAAUGAUUCCCAUCUAAACAAAGAGAUGUAACAUGAUGCCUGAUUAAACAACUAAACCAUAAUCUAAAUCUCCUUGUAAAUGUAGCAUUAUUUAGCUUCUUGUAGUAUAAUGGAACAAACUGCUAAUGCAUAAUAAGCUCCAUUAUGACAAUCAAUUGAUCGAGACUGUAAUGCAAACAAAAUUGAAACAACUUAUUUGGUGUAUUUGCGCUACCAUUAAUUACGUUACACCUCUGUAAAUCAAUGUACAGUAUUGAGGCCGGAUCGUUAGCUGGUUAAAUAAUGCAGAUUUUCACUUAUUGUGGCCCCAUGGCCCCAUGGGAAAUCAAUGGAUUUCCCAUGGGGCCACAAAGUCAGGAAGUGGUUUCUGAACUCAGCAUAAUUCAGGCCUAUGGAUCCUGCUAUGUCUUAUCCAUUUGGCUUUUGUAUAAUGAGUGAAACAGUUAAGUUGUACACUUAGAAAUACAUUUGCUAUCUAGAACCUUGAAGGGUUCUUCGGCUGUCCCCAUAGGUGAACCCUUUGAAUAACUUUUUUUUAGUUCCAGGUAGAACCCUUUUGGGUUGCAUAUAGAACCCUUUCCACAGUGGGUUCUACAUGGAACCCAAAGGGGUUCUACAUGGAACCAAAAAGGGUUAUCCUAUGGGGACAGCCAAAUAACCCGUUUGGAAACAUUUUUCUAAGAGUGUAGAGUGAAUAACUUUGAGUGCUACCUCUGAGUUUGAAUUGUUUGAAUAGGACUAUUCCUCCUCCUCCUCCUCCUCCACUAACCCUACUCCGCUCUUUCCCCUUGUCAGACUGUGAGUG